CCUCGAGUCCCAGACAUAAAAGAAAGGAGGACAAAAAGCAUAAAAAGAGGGCAGGGAGCCACUCUCAUCGCAGACACCGGCGCUGGAAAGCAGAAAUUAGGAGUUCUUCCAGCAUGGAAAACAGAUCUGAAGAUUGUGAAAAAUCUGGUUUCCAAGACAGUGGCCAUUCUUCAGCUGUCCAUGGAGGCAAUGCAUGCAGGUCGGCAAUCAAGCUGACCAGUAAAAUCUCAUCUAAGUGCUGCUACCACUUUUCUGAAAGCACCGUCUCACCAUCACGUUCUGGGGUUGAGGAUUUAAACAAAAUGGUGAUCGUCCAGGACUCAAUAUCCAAUAAGGGCAAAGGACAUGCAGAUUACGAUUCAGGAAAUGACACGUCCUCUCCGCUGUCAAGUAAAACAGGCAUCACAAAAUCAAAGGUUACUGGAAACGGAAAGUUCUUGUGUCAGGAUCUGACAUCUCCUGAGAAGCUUAGGCUAGCCUAUGGGGACAAUGCCUCAGAUUCAGGCAACUCACUAACCAGCUAUGAAUCUCUGGGUAAACCACUGGUCAAAGAAAAUACCCUACACAGCUCUGACUUCAACAAGCUCAAACGUGAAAAAACGGGCAGCUACUCUGAUUUGGAGAAGACAAAGCCUCUGGGUCUCAUCACUGAUAGGACUCGGAGUCCGUCUUCUGAUAGAUAUCAGGAUCGAACGAGGUCCCGCAGCAGAAGCAUAUCAUCCCAAAGCAGAUACUCAGGGCGCUAUUCCAGAAGCCGAUCCCAGUCCUCAGGGAGAAGAUCAUAUUCCCGUUCGUCUAGUUACUCCCUGGAUUCACAGAGAGACAGUCUGUCUAGUGCGAGCAGUUACCACAGUCUAAAUUACUCACGGUGCACACCAGACAGGUUUCGAGAGCGGAAAAGGGACUGCAGUUCCUGCAAGAGUAGAAAGCACAGCAGGAGAAGACCUUGUUCCCCAAUGAGGAAGAGAAGAAGAGAUUCCCCCAGUCACCUGGAAGCCCGUAGAAUUACAAGGAGAACUCUGAGCAACCAUAGUGUGCAUGGUGCAUCCAAAAAGAACAUCGCUUCAAGUCAGCAGUUUGCUAAUGAUCAUGCGAACAAGCCAGAGGGCUACUGGAGAAAUCAUAAGAACCUCAUCCCAUCUGUGAAAGACGGUGGUGCUGGUAUCAUGGUUUGA